CCCGCUGCUACCGUCCGGAGACAACGCAGCCGCCACCACGGAGCUGGAUCUGCACCAGAGGGCCACCGGUCACCUCAUGAGGGCGGCCGGUGCGAUGUGCGAACCGGUGGGCUACGAGGCGCUGGGCGCGCGCCACGGGCCGGCGCUGCCCGCCGUGUCGGUGCCGGUGUCUGCGCCGCCCGCCGUCUCCGCCUCGGUGGCCGUGUCCGCGUCGGCCGCCGCCGCCGUCAUGGCCGGACUCGGCUCUGCGCAGCCGCACUCCGCCGCCGCCGCCGCCGCCGCCGCCAAGAAGGCGCAGGACGACCACAUCAAGCGGCCGAUGAACGCCUUCAUGGUCUGGUCGCGCCUGCAGCGCCGCAAGAUCGCCCAGGAGAACCCCAAGAUGCACAACUCGGAGAUCUCCAAGCGACUCGGCGCGGAGUGGAAGCUCCUGUCGGAGGACGAGAAGCGGCCCUUCAUCGACGAGGCGAAGCGGCUGCGCGCCAUGCACAUGAAGGAGCACCCCGACUACAAGUACAGGCCGCGGCGGAAGCCCAAGACGCUGCGCAAGGAGGGCUACCCCUACUCCAUCCCCUACCCCUCCGUGCCCAUGGACGCCCUCAGAGCUGGUGGUGAGCUCGAUGGACGCGAUGAAGUACUCGAUGGAGGCGGACAAAUACCGGUCGGCGUACAUGCCGCCCAUCUCGAUGUAUUCGGCGGACCCCAAGUCGUACAUGGAGCGCGGGGGCGGCUAUUUGGACCACACGUCGGCGCUCACCAAGGCCUACUUCGAGUCUUCCAAGAUGUACGUCGAGACUGGCCGCUACGACGCAGAGGCGGCCGCCGCCGCUGCAGCUGCGCACCAGCGGUACGAUGUGUCGAAAAUGUACGGCACGGCCCCCGAGAGCCACCCCUCGCCGCGGACGCCGACCGAGUCUCCGACAGAGAGCAAGGUGGGCGCUGGAGGCGGCCUGCUGUCGGGGGCGGUCGACCGCCAAGACGGGGGCGGGGCACCCGCCUCCUCGUCCUCGGGCUCCUCGGCGGCGUCGCCGGGUCUGGGCUACUACCACCACGGCGGGGGCGGCAUGCCCGGCCUGCUGCCCAUGGCGCAGUACAGCGGCCACUACCACCAGGCGGCGGCGGCGGCUGCGGCGGCCGCGGCGGCGGCGGCCUCCGGGGGCGGCUCCGCGGGGGCCGGGGGCAGCGCGGGAGGCGGCGCGGGCUCCGUGGCCGGGGGCGGCGCAGAGUUCCGGCGGCCCCUCACCGUCAUCUUCUGACCGGGCGGCGGCAGGGGCUAGCCCGGCGCAGACUCGGCCGAGCUCACGGCCUCUUGGCUGUGAGCCGUGAGCGGAGGGGCGGAAGAGCUGUCGUGCUCGUCCUGUCGCCCACACCCGACACCAGCGCCGUGAUCUGCAGCUGUCUGGAGCCCCUGAAUGCGCGUCGAUGCACGUGGCCCGGCUCUCGAACGGCAGUUGUGGGUCGCCGCUGCUUUGUGACAACCGUUAUUCUGAAUACUGAUUUUGCCUAAAGUGGGAACAAUAAUGACCCUCCUGCAAAUGGAUUGUCCCUCCCUAUCGAAAGUACUUAAAGCUUGAGCUUACGUCGUUUCAAGUGCCAUUUGAACAUAAAGUGAAAAGGGAAGCUGGCCUUUCAUUUAUUUACAAUUUGUAGAUCAUUGUGAUUUUUCUUUGAGAGAAAUUACGAGGAAUCAAAGAUUAAAUCGGAUUCCCGUUUCGGACAGUAUUAAGGUUUCGCAAUUAAGCGUGUGUCACACGAAAAAAAACUAAUGGCUCACGGUUCAACCGAUGACCAUUUCUUAUAUUUCUUUUUGUCACUUAUCAUCACUUUCACCUGUGAUAAUAUUUUGAGUCUGCGAAAAAUACUAAAUUGGUUCAUGGUAUGACUUUCAAAUAAAAGCAUAGACCCUCCAUGUAAAUAUAUAGGUAUCUAAUUCGCAGAGAAAGGGACCGUCCCUAGUUUUGAGCUAGCCUGGGAGUUGAUGAUUACUUAAUUUCGCAACAAAAAUUAGAUGCAAACUCAAACGUAUGCUACGCUGUUUCAAGCCUCUCUCGGCUCACCCCAAAACCGAUCACAAGAGGAGGAGAAAAGCAUUAAAGGUGUUUCAUCCUUACCGAAAAUUUGUACUGUGAUAGUGAUGGAUGGAAAACGUAGCCACAUUCGAUAAAGAAAUGUCAAAUACCUGAGAUAAAUACGGUAUCAAGCACGGAAUCGCUUGCCGUUACUGUUAACUGUGUGAUUUUCUCUGCACAGAAAAUAUUUUUCCCGUACUCAGAAUCAGCAGAAAAACCGAAUGAUAGCAGCUCAAAGAAGUUGUACAACUUAUAAAAGAUUACAGUGUAAAGGGUCGCUGCUGGCCUGCAGUAUCACACGCAGUUCAUCACAGUAGCCCUCAAACCUACGAGGAGUGCGAGAAAAGUAAUGAGACUGAUUUUUUAUCUACCAAAGCUGUUAUCUUUCUAAAACACAAUGCUGUCCCUUUCAACUUAAUUCCCUACGGCAGCUAUACACUAGUCGAGCUGUUGGCCCCACACUCCGUAGCAUCGCUGAAAGGGUUCAACUGGUAGGGUCUUCAACAUGUCGUUCACAUUCUUUUUAAUGAUCUCUAGAGUCCGAUAAUGGCGUCAUAUUAAGACAUUUUUCAACUUCGGGAAAACAAAAAAAGUUACUAGGACUCAGAAGAGGUGAAGAGGGGCGCUGUGGAACAAUAAGAAUGUCUUUUGAGACCAAAAAUUCCGCAAAGGAAGUGGCCGUGUAACAUGGGGUGUUGCUCUGAUGCAGCUUCCAUGUGUCUGCAAUGUCCGGUCUCACUCGGUUCCUCCUUUUCCUGAGACUUUCAAGGACAUCUCUGUAAAACACUUGUUGACGGUUUGUCCUCCAAGAACAAUAUCACAAGUGCACACACUUGUUCGAAGUUUUCGUUGAUUUUUAAUGUCGACGUUCUUCCCGAGCGGUGUUGUCGACCUUCAAGGUGUUCUCGGCUUCCAAAAAUUAUUUGUGACAGCCAAAAACUUCUGCUCUUUAUAAGGUAUAUUCCCCCUAGGCCCGUUUGAAAUUUUCAAAGGUCAUACUCACUGAUUCCCUAAGUUUAACACAAAAUUUUGUCGAGGACGGUGUCCGUGGCCUUGGUAAAGCGCUGAAAGUUGUCAAUUCGCUUAGGCUUUACCAAGAAGAUUUAUUAUCUAUAUACCACUAUUGCAAUUUCAAUAUUUUGCUCCAGUCUACCUGAUGAUAACAAAAUGUCGAUAUUACAAUCGUGAUAUGUAAACAAUAAAAGUUUUUAUUACAGUCUAAGCGAAAUGAUAGGUUUCAAUUCGACACGAAACUUGAUUGCAAAAAAGUUUCUCUAAAUUCCGCUCUUCCAUUUUCCUAACACACAAUAAUAACACUACAUCAUUGAUAGCGCUGUCAGAAAUCAUGUGAUGGCUGUACUGAAGUGAAUCUCGGACUUAGCAUCUGGAAGAGAUGAACACACCGGUGUACACAGGCGGAAUAACACGGCACUGCCAGAUCGCUCGCAGCGUUGUCAGUCUCAUUACUAUUCCUACAUGCCUUUCUUCCACGAAUGUUUUAGAAGGCCUAGGAGGUUCAUCGGCACUCUUAUCACAUUACAAGCCAACUGAAGCUAAUGUGCCGAUAUCAGAGCUUUUUAUUGCAUUUUUCCAAUUGCAAUCGUACUUCUGGAGACUGUACCGCACAGCAAAUAAUACGGGAGCUUUGAACGUCUGCAAGGACUUCGGCGGCAUAAGCCCCAUAGAAAGUUUUAUGGAAAAUUAGGAUUUUUCUUCUUUCGGCAGUAAUUGAGUUACGUAGGAAAGUCUGGUACGAGGACCAGAGACCGUCGCGUCUAGUAUUUCAUGCUCACGCUUUUUAAACAAAUCCAGUUGUUUAACCUACAUAUCUCAUCCACACGACGGUCGCUCUUCACACACAACAGUUCGACAAAAGGCGUAGAUUCGAGGUACUGUGGACAUCAGGCCUAUCAGCCUCUGUUAAUGCUUUCGAUUUUAGACUGUUUUGCACAGUGAAACAAAAUUCUACAAAUAAGCUAAGCUUUCUCUCUGAUUUCUCAUUUUCUACGUUUCCUUAAAAAAAUGGCUUUCCGUCAAUAGUUAUGCUUAGUAAAAAAUCCGCUGCUAAAAGUAACUAUAUUCGUUUUUAAAAAUAUGCAACACACAAAGAAAAUGAUUUGUUCACUAUGUUCUUAAAAUUUCCUAACCAGAUAUAAAUUACCUUAAAUUUCAUUCUCAUAAAAUAGCUACGAUAUAUACAUUUGCAUUACCUUAUUUUUUGUUCUUGUCUAAUAAUUUUGUAGAUUCUUAUGUUUUGUUGACGAGUAACACUUUUUACUCUUUACGAGUAAAAACAAGGCCGUGAUGACUUCCAACGAAGCGAACGCACUUAACGUGUUCUUACUUCCGUAUUAGGUAUACAGGCCAGCACCUAACUGCCUGUCAUUGGCCGCGGGAUGCAGAACACUCUUUCCUGGACGAAGUGUGGGCGACUAGGAAAUAAAAACAGUCUUACAUUAUUAUACUCUUACUUAGAAUUGUUGAGUCAGACUCGUUUUAUUCGGACUCCACUGUGUCGGUUAUCGAUUGUAAAUAUUUGUUUAUAGGUGUAAAAUGAAUGUUGCAGAAUUUAUAUAAAAUGUAAUUUAUCCUUUAUAUUAUCUUUUUAUUUCUAAAUGUUCCUAUGUCACUAAUGCUCUGCUCAUGGAAAUAGAUGUACAUGGUAAGACACAGUUAUGAUCCCUGUAUCGAUGGUAUUUACUGCAAAUCAAUAAACUGCAUACAUUGCUAUUGUUAGAAGUACACAGAUCA